UCCGCUCUGGGGUUUUUGUAAAAUAUAUCGCGAGAUGUUGAGAGAAUCCAGAGAUGGGGUUUUAUUUUCUCAUUUCCCUACUCUGGUAGGGAGGAGGGAGAGAUAGAGACACACGUUGAUAUCUCCUAUACGAGAUAAAUAAGAGAGAGUGAGGUGGUAAGGGAUUGAGGGAGAGCCAGGUUGACUGAUUGAGUGUAGGCUACACUACAAUGUUAGGGGAGGGCGGCUCAGUUUGAUUUGACACGCAGACGCUCAGAGGAAACUGCUUUCGCUUUUAGUGACACAGAACAGCGAGGGACCGUGCCGUCACAGUGACUGGGUCUCUCUCACACAUACAGUUUCUUCGACCAGGACAAACGGCUGCAAAUCCGCCCCCUAGGGUCGGGGAGAGAAGCUCGGCGGCUCUGAGCUGCACACCUUGAGUCAGUGAAGCAGGUCUCUCUCUGAAAGCCCGGUGGCAGGGGGAGGGGUGAAGCGGCGAGAGGGACUGAACACACACACACACACACCGGAGACAGCAGCGAGAAUUCGUCUACAUCUCACCAUGGCUUCAACCACAACGUGUACCAGAUUCACGGACGAAUACCAGCUCUUCGAGGAACUUGGAAAGGGAGCCUUCUCGGUGGUGAGACGAUGCAUGAAAAUCUCCACGGGACAGGAGUACGCUGCCAAAAUUAUCAAUACCAAAAAACUGUCGGCCAGGGAUCACCAGAAGUUGGAAAGAGAGGCUCGAAUUUGCCGACUUUUAAAGCACCCAAAUAUUGUUCGCCUCCAUGAUAGCAUAUCAGAAGAAGGAUUCCAUUAUCUAGUGUUUGAUCUAGUGACUGGGGGAGAAUUAUUUGAAGAUAUUGUGGCCAGAGAAUACUAUAGUGAAGCAGAUGCCAGUCAUUGUAUACAACAGAUUCUAGAAAGUGUAAAUCAUUGUCACCUUAAUGGCAUUGUUCACAGGGACCUGAAGCCAGAGAACUUGCUCCUCGCUAGUAAAUUGAAAGGAGCUGCUGUGAAAUUGGCUGAUUUUGGUUUGGCAAUUGAGGUCCAAGGAGACCAGCAAGCAUGGUUUGGCUUUGCGGGCACACCUGGGUACCUCUCCCCUGAAGUAUUAAGGAAAGAUCCGUAUGGAAAGCCAGUGGAUAUGUGGGCUUGUGGUGUUAUUCUGUAUAUACUACUGGUUGGUUACCCUCCUUUCUGGGAUGAAGAUCAGCAUAGGCUGUACCAGCAGAUCAAGGCUGGUGCUUAUGAUUUCCCAUCACCAGAGUGGGAUACAGUGACUCCAGAAGCUAAGGAUCUAAUCAAUAAAAUGUUAACAAUAAACCCUGCCAAAAGAAUCACAGCCUCCGAAGCCCUGAAACAUCCAUGGAUUUGUCAACGAUCAACUGUUGCUUCUUGUAUGCAUAGACAAGAGACUGUGGAAUGCCUGAAGAAAUUCAAUGCUAGAAGAAAACUGAAGGGGGCUAUUCUCACAACAAUGCUGGCCACAAGAAAUUUCUCAGCAGCAAAGAGUUUGAUGAAUAAGAAGACUGAUGGAGUUAAGAAAAGGAAGUCCAGUUCGAGUGUUCAGAUGAUGAUAAACAACAAAGCCAACGUAGUAACCAGUCCAAAAGAACCCAUACCUACCCCAGCGCUGGAGCCCCAAACCACUGUAAUCCACAAUCCAGCUGAUGGAAAUAAGGAAUCCUCAGAAAGUACCAACACCACCAUCGAAGAUGAAGAUGUGAAAGCACGCAAACAAGAAAUUAUUAAAGUUACUGAGCAACUGAUUGAAGCCAUUAACAAUGGAGAUUUUGAAGCCUACACAAAAAUUUGUGAUCCAGGGCUCACUGCAUUUGAACCUGAAGCAUUGGGUAACUUGGUUGAAGGAAUGGACUUCCACAGAUUUUACUUUGAAAAUGCUUUGUCUAAGAACCACAAGCCAAUUCAUACCAUUAUAUUGAACCCCCACGUCCAUUUGAUUGGAGACGAUGCUGCCUGCAUAGCGUAUAUCCGCCUCACUCAAUAUAUCGAUGGCAGUAGCAUGCCAAAAACCAUGCAGACUGAGGAAACCAGAGUCUGGCAUCGCCGUGAUGGCAAGUGGCAAAAUGUUCACUUCCACCGCUCAGGAGCCCCAACCGUACCUGUCAAGUAAGCUAAAAGAACUGGUGCCACUGCUGAAUUGUCAGCACUCAUUAUGGAUUGGAAGAUCAAGAUCACAUUUUAGGCACUUGCAGUCUAUUUUAACGCAUGUUUCUGAAUGCAUGAAGCUCUGACAGUGCACUUGUGACAUGUCCUUUGCUGUUUAUACCAUCCAUAAAUUUUUGUUUACACUUCAUGGGAAGAAAUGUUGCAAGAAGAACGAAACCAAAGGAAGGAAAACUGUUGAAAGUACUUUUUAAGCCGUUAUUUGCGCCAGGUUUCUUAACUUGUUAUAAUUAUAAAAGUUUAAAUAAAAAUGUAUUUUUUCUGGAUUUCAAAAAUUUUAAAAGCUACUGUACCCCCUCAAUCUGUACAAGAAUACAUUGUAAGUGGCCCAUAUUCAUUUUGAGUAUAGAAAUAGUUUUGUAAUAUAUAAAGAAGGGGAUGUCCUUAAAGUGGCAGGGCACUGUUACAUGCAGUUCCAAAACUUGUUUUACAAGCUGGAAUUAUCUAGUCAGGGCUGGCUGUAUCAGCCUAGCAAGCAACACCUAUUACAGUAGCUGAACAGCCUUUCUUCAUUUGUUUUUUUUCAGGUGAAACAUAUGGGAAACUAUCUUUUAAACAAAUAGCAAAUUUUGAUGUGCUAGUGCUACUGCUAGUCUUUUAUUUGUUGUAUUUCUUAUUUGUCAUCAUCUAGAGUUAUUUUUAAGUUGAUAAUUCAUUUUUACUCAGUUUGGGUGCAAUAUGUUUCAGAAAAAUCAAGCUUGCUUUAAUUAUGGUGAUGUGCAAAUUGUGAUUUCAGUCAAAUGCUUAUUGCUUUGGUGGAAAUAGUUUAGAGUUUUGUGGACUAUGUUAAUCUGCUUGUUUGUAGUUAUCUAUAGUAUCAAUUUAACAAAGAAACACAAGAUCUUGGAACUUAAACACCAAAUAUAGUGGAUCUGUGAUGUACAUGCAACAUUUAUUUAAGAACUUCCUUGCCUAGGCAGCUGAUCAAACAAACUCAGAUCAUUUAUGACUUUUUAUUUUUCUCCUGUGAACAUGGGGAUUGAUGUUUUUAAUGUCAUCUGUGAUAAAUGGUUUGUUAAUACUUUGUGAACAGGAUGAUUUUCGCUUCUGCUUCAGUAUAUUUGUGAAGGUGUUCUUGUUAAAAAAAACCAAGUUACCAGUUAUGUCCUUUUUCCUUUAGAGGGAAUAUUCCCUCUUUUAAAAUGCUUGUUUCUUCGCUGUUGUAUACUUAGACGGUUAUACUGCAGUGCUGAAUAGUGCAUGUGAUCUUAAUUAAUGUUUUCAGUGAUUGUACGCAACCAUCAGAUUUCUCAUUCAGUGGUCAAAUCUCAGCAGAAUUAAUUUAUUUAUAAUCUGUGUUUGUUAGUUAUCCACAAAAUAAUAUGGUUAGCUGCUAUAACUAGUUAAAUAGAUGGCAAUAAAGUCUACCCAUUACAUGAAUUCAGAAAUCGUGUUUAAAUAAGCAUGUAUAUUUAUGGGCCAUAUUAAUAUGCCAAUAAGAUCUAUGAAAAAUAGGGAGUUUUUUUCAUUUUGUUUUAUGGUGACUGGCUGUAGUAACAUAAGUGUACUGAAAUCUAUAUAUGUUAUUUUCAAAUUUUAAUACCACAUGUGGUGUUAAAGUAGUAUUAAAGACCAAGUCUGUCUUCCACACCCAGAUUUGAGGAACGGUGAUUGGAUUUUUCCACCACAAUUGAAAUGAUACUUAAGUUCUUUCAUUCUGCAAAGCUGCUGUUUAUCAUGGGACACUGUACAGAGUUCUUGCCAUAACGGUAAAUAAUUGAUACAUUAAAACAAAAUAAAUUUGUGAUUAUUUCUCCUGA